AGAACCCAGCCUUCCCAAAAAGCACGCCACAAACAGGUCUCAUUAACCCUCGCAUCGCACAAAUCAACCCAAAACGGUCUCAUUUCCCCGCCCCGCAAAUCAUACAAAAAAUCAAUCUCAACCUGGAGAAACGAACAGCACCACUUGCUUUGACUCCACCCACAGUUCCAGCUUGCGUCUAUCCACGUACGCUGUCGUCCUCUUCAGGCAAAAUGGCUAAAUCAUUAUUACCAAUACACUAUCCAAACGUUCAACAUUAUUCCACUAACAAACUUCAUGACCGUGUCUGGCGAACAAAAAAAUUCCGCAUUCUUUCAACAACUCUCUUAAUAUUUCUUUCUUCGCUAUGGGCGGUCGCAAAUUUCAGCGGGGCACACUUUAACUUUGACACACUACGACCGUACCGAAACAAUGCUGCUGCAAUGGCUGCUGUAAGUGCGCUCGGGGAAGGUGGCGAAGAAGGCAUACAGGCUCUCGAAGUGCAAACGCACGAAUUCUUAUAUGGAAAGGGACAUCAUUUCGGCAUUAACGACAUGUUUGUCGAUGAGGAAGAUGAUUACGAUUAUGAAUGGGGAUUCUGGGAUUCUAGUCGUGGGAAGGCAAAGAAUGAAGAUAAGAAUCUAGACAAGGCCAGCGAAA